AGCGGCGCAGGGACGGGGGCGGAGCCGCGGCCGGACCGUACCAACGCGCGCUGGGCGGGGGGAGGAGCCCGCGCGCCGCGCGCCCCCCGCGGGAUGCACGGUGGGCCCGGCCGGGGCGAUGACAGGGCGGGAGGCACGGCUGGCCCCGGGCUCUGGGGCUGUAGCCCCGCGGGAGCCGCUCGGUGCUGCGGCUGCCGCCCCCGCCCUCGCCCUCUCUCGGCCGCCGGAGCCCGGUCAGAGCGCAGCCGGUGUUCCCGCGCUGGCCGAGGUGCGGCACUCUUACACCGACAGUGUUGGGGACGUGAUGGCGGGCGGGGCGGGAGGGGCCGCCGCGGCACGGCGGAGCAGGGGCAGGGCCUUGCGCGCAGGCGGCCGCGCGGGACGGACGGACAGAUGGACGGAGGGGCCGGUCUCGUUCCGCACGGUGCCGCCGCCGCCGUAUCCAAGCAGCCGCCCGCCUCAGCGGCAGCCCGAGGGAGGGCGGAGUCUAUCGAUUGACGGCCGCUGCAGCCAAUCAAAACGCCUUCUCACCGUUAGCCUGGGUGUUCGGCCAAUAAGGCGCGCACGGGGGCGGGGCUGGCCGGCGCGGACCGGCGCGAGGCGGCAGCCGCGCUCCCCGAACCUCAGCGGCGCCGCGGCCGCGCCCGGACCGGGACCGUGCUCGGGACCGGCGGGUGUGGACGGUGAUCGGGGCCGUCCGGCAGCGCCUGCCCCGCUCCGACCCGGCCUCCAGUGCUCCGGGCCCGGCGGAAGAGCCCCGCCGCGCGUGGGAGCCCAGCUAAGCCUGGAAAACCUUAGCCAAAAGACAGCAAACCACAGGGAAGUGGAGACGUGUGUGAUGACUGAGCUUCCCAUAAAAGAAAUCAUGUCAUCAGGGGGAGCUGAAGAUGAUAUUCCUCAAGCAGAGAGAAAAACUGUGACAGACUUUUGCUACUUACUGGAUAAAUCUAAGCAGCUCUUCAAUGGCUUAAGGGAUUUACCUCAGUAUGGGCAGAAGCAGUGGCAAUCCUAUUUUGGGCGAACAUUUGAUGUUUACACCAAACUCUGGAAGUUCCAACAGCAGCACCGACAAGUAUUGGACAAUCGGUAUGGGUUGAAGAGGUGGCAAAUUGGGGAAAUUGCUUCCAAGAUUGGGCAGCUCUAUUACCAUUAUUACCUGCGCACCUCUGAAACCAGCUAUCUCAAUGAGGCUUUCUCCUUCUACUCAGCAAUUAGGCAGAGGUCCUACUACUCCCAAGUCAACAAAGAAGACAGGCCCGAAUUAGUGGUUAAGAAGCUGCGUUACUAUGCAAGGUUUAUAGUGGUUUGUCUCCUGCUCAACAAGAUGGAUGUUGUAAAGGACCUUGUAAAGGAGCUGUCAGAUGAAAUUGAAGACUACACACAUCGUUUCAAUACUGAAGAUCAGGUGGAGUGGAACCUGGUUCUUCAGGAAGUGGCAGCAUUUAUUGAGGCAGACCCUGUCAUGGUUUUAAAUGAUGACAACACCAUUGUAAUCACCUCUAACAGGCUUUCUGAGACGGGAGCUCCAUUGCUGGAGCAGGGGAUGAUAGUGGGACAGCUUGCUCUUGCAGAUGCGCUCAUUAUUGGGAACUGCAACAACCAGGUCAAGUUCAGUGAAUUAACAAUCGACAUGUUCCGAAUGCUGCAAGCCCUGGAGAGGGAACCCAUGAACUUGGCAUCACAAAUGAACAAACCUGGAAUGCAGGAGUCAACAGAGAAACCAGCCAGGCGGGAAAACCCCCACAAAUACCUACUUUAUAAACCAACUUUCAGCCAGCUAUAUACAUUUUUAGCAGCGUCAUUUAAGGAGCUGCCUGCCAACAGCGUGCUGCUGAUUUACCUGUCUGCCACGGGCGUGUUCCCAUCAGGUCGUUCGGAUAGUGAAGGUCCGUACGAUUUUGGGGGUGUGCUGACCAACAGUAACCGGGACAUCAUCAAUGGGGACGCCAUCCACAAGCGCAACCAGUCCUACAAGGAGAUGCACUGCCUUCACCCUGGAGAUCUCUACCCUUUCACCAGAAAGCCCCUGUUCAUCAUCGUGGAUUCUUCCAACAGCGUUGCCUACAAGAAUUUCACAAACUUAUUUGGACAACCAUUGGUGUGCUUGCUUUCUCCAACAGCAUAUCCAAAAGCAUUGCAAGAUCAGUCUCAGCGGGGUAGCCUCUUCACACUCUUUCUGAACAAUCCGUUAAUGGCAUUCCUGUUUGUCUCUGGAUUAUCAAGCAUGCGCCGAGGAUUAUGGGAGAAGUGUCAGGAUUACCUCAGAAAAAUCAACCGGGACAUUGCCCAGCUGCUGACCCACUCCCGAUCCAUAGAUCAGUCAUUUCUUCAGUUUUUUGGGGAUGAAUUUCUUCGCUUGCUUCUCACGAGAUUUAUCUUCUGUUCGGCUACUAUGAGGAUGCACAAAAUCUUCCGGCAGGAGACUCGAAAUUAUCCUGAAUCUUAUCCUCAGCUGCCAAGAGAUGAAACGGUGGAGAACCCUCACCUCCAAAAGCACAUUUUGGAGCUGGCUUCCAUACUGGAUGUUAGGAAUGUUUUCCUGGAAAACACACUCGAUGACUAUUAAAAGAAACUGUCUUACUGCAAAGGGGAUUCCCUGGCCACAGAUUUUGAAUGGUGCAGUUUUAUAAUGUGAAAAUCAUAAAAGGAAGUACUUGAUUUUAUUUUUAAAUUUAGGACCAUUAUUUUAAAAAAUAAUAAUAAACAGCUAUUAGUUGAGCUGUUCCAUUCUGUAUGGGGUCAAUUUUAUAAGCAGAAGUUUUCAUGUCUUUUAAAUGUUAAAGUAAAGAAUCACUAGAGGUUUAUUUCUGGUCUUGUGGCUGUCAACCACAUUUCCAACAGCUGAUCCUAAGUAUAGAAGUAUUAUUGGUUAUACCUUUAGCCCACAUUUGUGGAAAUCCUUUAUUUUUAUACAAUUUUAAGAAAUUGGAAAGAAAAAAAAUCAACAGAAAAAAACAAUAUUUUAUCCCCAAAGAGUUUGGAUUUGAAAAGGUAAAGAUGGAACCACACAGUGCAAACCAACAAUAGCAAUAACACAGAUUCCUUCAUAACAAAUAUAUUUUUUCAGUCUUAGGCAAGUGAGGAGACAAAACUGUGGACAAUUAAGUUGCAUUUGGAGCAGUGCUUUGAAGUGAUUUUUUAAAGAUACUUAAUGCUCCCUAUAAGUUUGAUGCAGCGGUUUUCUGUAUGAACCCAAGGACCCGGUUGGGCAGGUGGUCAAUAGGUGAACAAACUGCAAACCCUGAAACUCGGCCCCCACCUCUCACUGUCUUGUGGGGGAUCUUGCACAGGAGGAGGGGGCAUUCUUCAGUUUGAGGUACUAUAUAGAAAUUCCAGCAUUUCCGGCAGGUGUUCCCCUCCUUUCCGUGUGCGGAUGGAAUGUGUGGCUCCCAGAGCAUGACCACUCCCUGACAGGAGCUGAGACAGGUCCUGUGCAGUGCUGUGCCCGCCCCUCCUGUCACUCGUGUGUCUGACCCCGCUGUGCCACAGCCCCGUGCCCCGGGAGAGGUGCUGAUGUUCCCCUUGCAGGUGAAACCAAGUGGGAACUGCCAUAACCCCCUGGAUGUUUUGCAUGUCCCCCCUAUGACUCAGUCGUGCCCUGGAAGCAGGAGCAGCGAGGGGCUCGGCUCCCCAGCCUGAGAGCUCAGCAGGGGCGUCUGCAAGAGGACAGUGGCCUUUGGGAAGGGGCUGGCUGGAGAAGGCUCUUGUGGCUGCUGGGAAGAGUGCUGGCUGGCACAUUUGGGACUGCACUGCCUGCCCUGCAGAACUAGGGCAGAUCCUGGCAGUGCAGGGUGAGCAAGGAUGAGGGAAUGGAGAUACUUUAAGCUAUUAAAUGGAAAAAUGGAAAAGUCAAUUGUCACUGUUCCAUGGGCUGCUAGAAAAGAAGCGAGAGGGCAAGUCCAGUCAGUGCUUUUUGUUGAACCCCAGCCAUGCCUCAUGCUUAGGUGGAAACAGUGUAGAACUUGGUGACUGCCGUAGUAUCAUGGCAGUCCUGGGUGCAAAGCAUCACCCAGGGUGUGGUCUGGUCAGCCAGGUCAGCACUGGUGGGUCCAUUCUGCCGAGGGAGCACAGUGUGCAACAGCAGGAACGGCUGCAGUGCAGCUGGGGAGUUUGCAUGAAGGUUCUCUGUAGCUGGGCUGAAGCUUGCACCAUCCGUUCUUUAUUUCCCAAGUGUACAAAAUCCUGUGAAUGCUUGUGUUUGUCCUAAGCAGUCUCGAAGCUGGUACAUUGAGACCCCUCCCCACCCCUUGGUGCUGCUCUUUGGACUCUGGCAGGAUUUCAUUUCCCAGGCUGUGGAGUCUGUUCUAACAAGUGUGUGUUCGUGUGUGUGCAUGUGUGUGCUCGGCGUUUGUGUGUGUAUGUACAGUACACAUACAUCUACUGGCUGGUGUAAAUUGUAAAUAUGUAUAUAUGUAUAGGUACUUGUAUAUGUAUUAAAAAGAAUGAACCACUACAAUGUCUAUAUACAAAAUUUAUAUAUACACACAUACGCCAUGUUGGGUGGAUUCCACAAGGUGCUGCAGAUCAUUUGUGGUUGUACUAAAGGUUAUGGCUCUUCUUCCACUGUAAUUUGCUGUUUCCAGGGACUUACCCUUGGACCUUGAAGUAAUUGAUAACUGAUUCCAGGUACAGGAGCCCUUAGUUAGCCAGGGGAAUGGGUACCCCUGUAUGUAUUACAGUGAUAAGAUCCAUGUAUUUACUGUGAAGCUGAUCCCUGCCAUUCUGCCUGGUAGGAGGUCCCCAGUUGCUCAAACGUGGGAUUGUAUGUGGAGGCUCAAGAUGCAGGAAGCCUUUAAUGCAGCAGCAAGUGAGAGGCAGGUUAUUUGUUGCCCUGCCUGCUGUUCCUCUACCAGCAGUGUUCAGCUUGCAUGGAAAGGGGGAAUUGAGUUUUCCCCAGCUCACUGCCUUCCAGCCAAAUGCUUUUGCUUUGCUUUAGCUUUUGCUUUGAUGAAGCUAUUCUUAUUUUGGUUCCAUCUCUGUGGAAAAGAGUAUGCUGUUUCCAAGCAUAGGAAUGAUGAUGAUGACGAUUCCACUCGUGUGGGCCGGUGAACCUCUGGGACAUUGCUUGUGAACUGACUGGGAAAGUCUUGGUGGUCCUCACCUUUGUUUAGCCAGGCUGAAGCGGGGAGUCCUUGCAUGUGACCUGAGAGGCUUCUAUCAUUUGCAGACCUUCGAGGAAGUUCUGUUUGCUUUUUGCCAAGGUAGAUCUCAUCAGAGAAGAAUGCACUUUUUAAAAUACAUAACGCCCUGAAGAAGCUGGAGUGUAGGAGGAGAAUGUAGGCCUUCAAAAUUAGUUCAGAAGUUGAACUUAACAGCAAUGACUGUCCAAGUCAAAAAUUAAUUCUUGAGGUUUCUAAUUCUCCUCUAACCUGCUGAUCUUUGUUAGAAGGUCCAGUGCUGGGACAUUCAAAGAUAAAGAUUUCACUCCUGUUGUGUUGGGAGGAGUAUGGAAUUGUACUGUGGAAGCAGAGGGCUCCUACCCUCUGUCUGCUCUAGCUGUAGCUAGGAUGAGUGUCUUGGAUUUUGAGCCAGCCCCUUCUUUCCCACCCAAAGAACUGCAUUCAAUAUGAAAAUGUUGAUAUUUUCCCCUCCAAGUAAAAGCUUGUCUUGUUUGAACUAAGUCAUUCUAAAUUUGUGCUACUGUGUGCUCUGUGCUAUGGUCGUAGGUACCUCUCGGUGUAUGCUUGUGUGUACUGAAGAAAAUCUGGUUUCUGUAUCUCGCAGUCCUCAGUGUGGAAGCGAAGCAAAGACUGACCCAUUUUUAAGUGAGAAGAGAACAAAUCCUUUUCUUCUCAGGCCUGAUGCCUUCCCUCUUGUCUCGCUCUCCCUUUCUCCAUGUAUCUUUAUUGCUUAUAUUAGCGGAGAACACUUGCCAGCACCAGGCAAUGCCAAAUUAAAGGGGUAAAUUCUGCCUGUAAUACAUUGAGAGGACAAGGUGAACUGGACCAGCUGUGUCCUUACAGGACUGCUCCUGCCUGGCUCCCUACUCCCUGCAUGUGGUGUGCUCAGAUGAAUCCUGCUCCCACAGUAGGUUUGUGCUCCUGCUCAAACUGGCUUUGGAACAUCUCGCCAAAGUUACUGCUGUUGCUUUUUUUUUCCCUUUUGACUUCUCUAAAUAACAGUGAUAGGGCAAUGCAGGGUUAUGAGUCUUUAAUGCUCUGGUUUUUAAUUCCUCUUGGGAUGUGAUGUGUCAUUUUGCUUUGUGCACCAGCUAAAUGGAGCACUAGCUUCCAUGAGCUGUGCAAACAGAACUUGUUCCCUGGAGUGCUUUCUUGAGAAGUUUCAGGACCUUUCUGUGAGUAAAAAUCAAAAUAAUGUCUGUCAAGUCAUGACUGACUAAACCUCUCAAGACUGCUCCCCAGGGAGAUGUGCAGAGAUGUCUUUAAAGGAUCAUAGGAAAUAGAUGGGGGCAACAGGAAAUUUGGCUCUAAUUAAUCAUCUUUAGAAGCUACAAUUUGAGUAGAUCUGGUCAGGCUUCUCCCUUAAGGGUGGAAGUGCUGUUCCAUAGCCCUUCCCUGGCAUGAGUUAGGAAGCACCUCCCCUGCCUCAUUGCCUCUCAUGUCCUGUAACCACGCUGUGCUGCAAGUCUGCUCCUUCCCAAAGCUAAAAAUCUUGGAAUCUGUCUCAACAACUGUUUUGUCUUGAGAUUUCUUUUGUAAAAGCUUUACCUGUGUUCGAUUCCUCAGUAAGUGUCUGAGUGCAGCUCCUUGGUGCAGCAGCAGCCGAGCCUCACUCAGUCCUGGGGGUAUUGGCAGCUGCUCUGUGGUGGCUGUGGCUGCUCCUGGGGCUGAGGGAGCUCUGCAGGCAGGAGAAGUUUCCUGAACAAGGGAAAAAAAGUAAUACAGAGAGCUGAAAAUUGCUCUGUGGCCUUGUAAGGUCAGACUGGACACAGCAGCUGGGGCAGAGCUCUCCAGAGCAGAUUAUACACUCCUGUAACACUGGACUUGUAAAGCAAUACUGUUCUGUGACCAAAUGUAUUUGGAUGCUUUGAAGAUCCAUAGAGAUCUGCUCAAGAGAGCAGAGGACACACGUAACUGCUUUAGAUUUAGGAGUAACAGUCAGCCACUUCUUGUUUUCCCAUCUAAACCAUUAUUGUGCCAAGACUGAGGAGAGCUAGUUCAGGAUUUCUGAAUCUGACACUUUUUGGGGUUAAGGACUGUCUCUGAAUUCUGCCCAGAUGCACCCAUAGAUGUUUUGUUCCUGGUUUCACUCCUGUUGGGAGCAGACCCCAGCACAGCUUGCUGGCCUGCAGGAGCCCCAGAGCAGAACAGAUCUCACCAGCCCAGUCCCAGCAGCCGCUCCUUCCACAAUAAACCCUACUGGGAGGAUCUGCCCCCUUGACUUCACAGGUGGCUUCUGGCGUGUUUAUUACCAUUCCGGCAUUGACCUGGUUUGUUGGGAGCAGGAUUCUGCCUCAUGCAGGCUGAAAAGCACAACUUGCUUCUGCCCUGGGCAAGGCCCAGCGAGAAGGAUGAGGGGAGCGCAGGUGGGAGUGUUCGGGAGCGUUCUGGGAAUGCAGAGGGACCGUGCCUCGGGCAGCCCAGCUGCGGAGGUACAGGGAGCGUUUUGCCUCUCUGAGAAUCAAAUUAUUUAUUACCAAAAGUAAUUUUAUAGUGAAUUGGUUUAAAGUUAUUUUACAGCUGUGUGCCUGUAUAUCGUAUUUUGGUAAAAACGGAUAUUUUCCUUAAAAUAUAUAGAGAUAUAUAAAUAAACAUUUUUUUGAGCAAAUGGACUUUUUUGCAAGGGAUCUGUAAUCGCCAAAGCAGUGUGAUGCCAGAAGCGACUCUGCCGUUGUUCGGGGAGGGAAGAAGCGCGUUUGUGUUCCUGCUGGACACUGCGGGAAAAGCAAAAGCCGCGAUGGAACUGGGCCCUGCCGCUUGUCUCGCCGGACACCAUCCCCGGUCCGGGCGGCUACCACAAACCGAGCGCCAGCCCCGCGUCCUGCUCGUCACCGCCUUUCCAGCCUUUCCAGAGACUUUGGAGCAGAUUGCCGUUCGCUUUUGUCCCCGCCGCGCCGGGGCCGCUCCCGCCCGGUGUUCGCGGUUGUGCCGUGUCCGAGCCGUUCGCUGUCCCUGUCCCGGCUGCCGCCCCGGCCCCGCCGGCGGACUGUGCUGUCAAUAAACUGUGGUAAACGCUCGUACCGACCCGCCUGGUCCGCUCCGGGGUGGG